UCGCCAGAGUUGAAGGAAGGACCAAGUGGCGAGCGCUCGCUUGUUCCUCCUUUUGUCGGCGCGCUGAGGACCGAGGGCAGGAUGAGCGCGAGGUGGCGGCGGCGUGGUGCUCGGACUUCCUCGGAUUGGCUUCCGGGGGGCGGCUGUCAACGCCGCUUCAGUGACCGGGAAUGAAGCGCGUGUGUCGGCGUGCGUCGGUGGCCGCGGCGGUGCUGGUGUGGCUCGGGGCGCUCGUGUACCUUCUGGUGCUCAGCCGCAGGAGGCAGCCCGAAUUUGGGGGGGGCCCCGGCGCCGGGCGCGUCAGUGUCGGGUACGGAGCGAGACCUGGAGCGGGGCAAACUAAACAGAUGUCGGACAGCGAGUGGGACGACCUGCUGGACGGCUUCGACGAGCGCGGCUAUCUGAGCGCCCGACGCUGGCAUCCCGGCGACGACCCGUACACGCGCUACGCCUUCAACCAGCGGGAGAGCGAACGUGUCCCCAGCAAUCGAGCGCUCGCUGACACGCGCCACCACAGGUGCAGCUCGUUGCGCUACGACGCCAAGCUCCCCCCGACUUCCAUCAUCAUCACCUUUCACAACGAGGCACGCUCCACCUUGCUGCGCACCGUCAGGAGUGUGUUAAACAGAACUCCUGUUCAUCUCAUCCAUGAGAUCAUUCUGGUGGACGACUUCAGCGAUGAUGGCAGCGACUGUCAGCUUCUCACCAAAUUGCCCAAAGUCAAAUGUCUACACAACAACAAGAGAGAAGGUCUGAUCCGGUCUCGGGUCUUCGGCGCCGAUGCAGCCAGCGCGAAGGUCUUGGCCUUCCUGGACAGCCACUGCGAGGUCAACAAGGACUGGCUGCCGCCCCUCCUUCACAGGAUCCAGCAGGACCCGACCAGGGUGGUGAGCCCCGUCAUUGACAUCAUCAAUAUGGACACCUUUGCCUACGUGGCCGCGUCGGCUGAUCUACGAGGAGGUUUUGACUGGAGUCUUCAUUUCAAGUGGGAGGGCCUAUCACCUGAGGAGAGGGAUCGCCGCACCGACCCCACCCUGCCAAUCAAGACGCCCAUCAUCGCCGGCGGCCUAUUUGUGAUCGACAGCUCGUGGUUCAAGCACCUGGGCAAGUACGACACGGCCAUGGACAUCUGGGGCGGCGAGAACUUUGGUGAGUCAUUUUCCCACACGCGCACCAAUCAAACAAAGAUCUCCUUCCGGGUGUGGCAGUGUGGCGGAAGCUUGGAGAUCAUUCCGUGUAGCCGCGUGGGUCACGUAUUCCGGAAGAAACAUCCCUAUGUCUUCCCGGAGGGCAGCGCCAACACGUACAUCAAGAACACGCGGCGCACCGCUGAGGUUUGGAUGGACGACUUUCGCCUCUUCUAUUACUCGGCUCGGCCGGCAGCUCGAGGAAAAUCGUACGGAGACAGCAUCGGAGGCCGCCUGGAGUUGAGGCGCAAGCUCAAGUGCAAACCUUUCAAGUGGUACCUGGAGCAUGUCUACCCGCAACUCAAGGUCCCCGACGACUCGGACUGGCAGUACGGCCCGAUCCGACAGCGGCACAACUGCUUGGAGUCUCGCCGCGUGGACGGCCAGGAGACACCCGUCCUCAUGUUGGCGCCAUGCGUGGAGCGGGACGGUGGCCGCGCACGCAACCAGGAGUGGAUCUACACUGCGGGCCAGCAGAUCCGACAGCAGCGUGACGCCGACGCCGCCGAUGACCCCGACGCCCACAAAUGCGUGUCGGUCACCGCCACCUUCCCGGCCUCGCAGAUUCUGCUGUUGCCCUGCCACGCGGACGACGCCAAACAGCGCUGGCAGAAGUCGGGCACGCACCUUGAGCACGUGGCAUCUCGUUUCUGCCUGGACUCGGCCAUGGCGCUGGACGGGCUGGACUCGUCUCGCAUGCUGGUCAUCGGCCCAUGUGAGCCGGGCGCCUCCACGCAGCGCUGGGACGUCCCUUUCUCCUGACCCGCCAGCCGGAAGCUCGCCCCAGCAAGCCUGUGGGACGCCCAACUGCAAAUUCCAUAUCUUGCUCAAGGUCAACAUUACCGCAUACUCUGGUCUCGUACCACCAACCUUCGGGUUCGGAGGUGACCUUCUCCGACCCCCUGCGCCGUGACGGCUUUGUGGACAAGAGACACCAAGUGCACCUUAGAAUUCUACUCGUCUAUUUAUUUCAUUGGUUGGCACAACAUUAGAUACAUUUCAGAGGAGUUUGCAUGUUUUUCUCCGGUCACUCCAGUUUCCUCCAACAUUCCAAAAACAUGCAUGCUAGGUUGACUGAACGCUCUAAAUGGUCCCUAGGUGUGAUUACCAGUGUGAAUGUAUGUUUGUCUCUGUGUGCCCUAUGAUUGGUUGGCAAUCAGUUCAAGGUGUACCUCGCCUACUACCCAAAGAGGCUGGGAAAGGCUCCAGCAUGCCCUUGACCCUCGUGAGGAGAAACGGCUCAGAUAAUGGAUGCACUGAUACGUGUUUGUUUCAUGUUGACUCUCUUGUAAGUAAAUGAGGCAACUAAAAUGUGAGAGAUAAUUUGUCCCCGGGGUGCAGUCCAAGGCGGGUGUCGCUGAAGUUGUGUCUGGUGUAUUUAUGUAUUGUGGCACAAAGCACACGUCAUCUUGUUGUUGUCUGUUAACGUGCACAUCUCAGCAUGACAACUAAUUUCAAGUAUAUUCUGUUUUAAUUGGAGAGCGGGUAGCGUUUCUGUUGGCUUCUUUUUUGCUGCAGGAUGAGAGCACCACCUAGUGGUACCAAAGCUUAAUUGCGACUCACCUGCUUGCUGUGUUGUCUGCUCACCCACAACGCACGCACGCACACAACUACAGAAUAGGGCUGGGUAGUGUGGCCAUAUUUUUUUCUUCUCGCCACAAAGCCCUAAUUGUCGAUUUUAAUUCAUUUUUACCCCAUCGCUACAAAUAUAUACAAAUGAUAAUUACAUUAUUCAUAACUACUUUUGCUUUGUUCUCCCAGAGUUGUUAAAUACUGGAAAAGCACAAAAAGGAAUUAUCGCUAGUUUGACAACAGUGACUUUUGUAAACUACCCCUUUAAAACACGGAAAGCAAUGAAAAUCGCUCCUAAAAAUAGUCCUCGUAAAUAAAAUGGAAUUAAUCAAUUAACUCAAUUCCGACACACACACACAAAAUCGAGUCCUCAACGUUCUAAAGUCGAGGUUACCCUUCCAAGAUGGCGACCAGCGUAACCAAACUCAUAUUGGCUGUUGCACGUAGAGAUUGGCGAAGCACGUGCUGCUUUUGUACAAGACGCGUGGACUGAGGGAGAAAGAAAAGAUUGCUCUGCAUGUUUGUAUCACGCACACAUUUUCGAGUUUGAUGAGCUGUCUUGCCACAUUUUAGUGUGUAACAGUUGAGCGAAUGGAAGUGUGUUCGUCGAUCUAGAAGAUUAUUUUCUAGCUUAUUUUCAUCACAAUAAAGUUUUAUAACGACCGA